CUGAAACAAAGAUCGUAUACUCCAGCAAGGACUACAACAGUGCGUCUGAUGGCAACGUCAGACGUUCACACGUCACUUUCAUGUAUGGCGUUGGUGUCUGUCAGAUCAUCAUUAAUUCAUUCGUGAUUUUCCGAAGUUUACACCGGGGCGAUUAAGUGACACAGCACCCUUACAACAGUGUUGCAUUAGAGAUGUCUGGACGUGUGUACGCCAGCAUCCUUCAACGAGCUUCAGCCUGCACACUGACACUCUCCUCUGCUGCCCCAUUCCAGUGUGCCCAACUUAAGUCAAUUACCUCAUGUCAGCCUCGACCAGCCCACCAUCGUCACUUCUCAUCCUGGGGAACCUCCAGAAAGCACCAGCUGUGCUCCAAUGGUGAUGAGUCAGGAAAUGGUCGACACCUCUCCACUCGUCAGGAUCUAGACUUCCAGCUCAACCAGGUCCAGAUCAACAGUGUCCUGCGAUCUAAUGAGCAGACUGUCAGUCUGCCAGAAUUUGAUGGCAGGGAACUCAGUGUUGUGAGAAAAUUUGAGAGCAACCAGCUGGCUGCUAACACACCCAAUGAGGACCGUCGCAGUGCAGCCAGCUGCCUACAGUCAAAGGGUAUGCUCUUUGGAGUGUUUGACGGCCACGGAGGCUGGGCGUGUGCGCAGGCCGUCAGCGAGCGGCUGCUGUACUACGUUGCAGUUGCAAUGUUGCCAAAGGAGAGCCUUGAGGAGCUGGAGAAAUGCAUGGAGCACGGGAGACCUGUUCCUCCCAUCUUGCAGUGGUACAAACAUCAUACAGACUUUAACUAUCGGGAAUCUGCUUCACUCUACAUUGACCACCUGAGAGUGUUUUGGCAGGAAUUGCUGGACAGUGAGGAACAUGAUGAAGGCAUGAGUCCUCCAGAUGCUCUGCAUCGUGCUUUCAAACGUCUUGACGCUGACAUCUCCUUGGAGGCUCAAGUGCCUCUUUCCAAUGACCUGAUGAAAAGCACAGCGAUCCAGGUUGCAUUUGCCGGUUGCACUGCCUGUGUGGCUCAUGUUGGCACAGAUGGGAUCCACGUAGCAAAUGCUGGUGACUGCCGAGUUGUGUUGGGGGUGCAGGAGGAUGAUGGGUCAUGGAGCGCUGUGCCCCUUUCUCAAGACCACAACACACAGAAUCAGGCUGAGGUGGAGCGGAUCAAGGCCCAGCACCCACCCUCAGAGAGAGACACAGUAAUCACAGACGACAGGCUGCUCGGGGUUCUGAUGCCCCUGCGUGCAUUUGGUGACGUAAGAUUCAAGUGGAGCCAUGAGCUGCAGCAGAGCAUUUUAGCCAGCCUGGAAUCCGGAGUUGACCUGGACUCCCUCAACCUGUAUCAGUACACGCCACCUAACUACCUAACUCCGCCGUAUCUGGAUGUGGCACCAGAGAUAAGCUAUCACAAGCUGAGACCUCAGGACCGCUUCCUGAUCCUUGGCACUGACGGGCUGUGGGAUGAACUAGGGAGCGAGGAGGCUGUCCGACUCAUUGGCGAGCAUCUGAGUGGGAUUCACCUCCAGGCUCCAGUUUCUCCAUCUGAACGGCAGCUGAAACUGGGUCAGAUGCACGAACUCUUGCUGAAACGUCAGGCUCGUGCUUCCCCUGCUUUAGACACCAACGCUGCCACGCACCUUAUCAGACAUGCUCUUGGAACUGGGGAGUACGGAGAACUCUGCCAGGAGAGAUUGGCCACUAUGCUCGCUCUGCCAGAGGAUCUGGCUCGAAUGUACAGAGACGAUAUCACAGCUACUGUGGUGUAUCUGAACUCUGACCUGGCCAGAUCUCAACACAGGUAGCAGGAGGUUUUUUUUUACAAUGCUGGAUUAAAAAAAUCGUACCAUUCAGCUUUGUCCAGGUGAUAGCCAACACAUGAUUUUCUGGUUAUGUUGGGACACAAAUUACAAUCUGUUACAUAAAUUGAUUUAGAAUGAUUUGAAAUGAAGGAUAGUUUUUAGUGUUGUAUCAUGCACAAGUACUUUAAAAGAAAAACACAGAUCGACUCAGUCAGGUCAAAAUACAGAUGAAGUGUAUUCACAAUCUAUGUUUGUCAAACAUUACCUGAGUUGCAUGUGGAUAUGGGUGCAGACGCCCACUUUGUUCUCUGUCUGCAUUUGUGUUUUGUAUUUUCCUUGCACAGUUUUCUUUAUACGGAGGCCGAGAACUUUUACUGCCAUUAUCUUGAGAUCACAAGUUAAUUAUUUUCUUAUCUUGAGAUAAUAGAAGUUGUUUCUUUAAUGAAAACUCCUUAAUGUACUGUAUGUGUUAUCUUGAGAAAGCAGAAGAAUGACUUCUUGAGAGAAUUAAAUCACAAGAAAAUGACUCGUUAAGAUUCAUAAGAGCGGGCCAUGACAUACAUUCACUACUUUAAGAGAUGGAGGACUUUUGCCAUUUGUUGGAAUAAUGUUUUUCUUUGUGUUUUGAUGGUAUUAAUAUUAUUGCUUCUUACUGUAAAGCAUGAGCUUGUGGUCAUCUUAAAGCAGACGUGUUGCUGACCAGUAGACUACAACCAAAAGAAUGCUUGUUGUCAUACACUAAAGAAACUACCCACAUUGGUGGUUGGCAUCAUAAAGUGAGUGUAUUUGACAAAACACUGUCUGUGUAUGCUGGCAUGUCAUCUCUGAUCUCUGAUAAACAUGUUUAGUAAUAAGAAGGAAACAAUCUUGUGUUUUCUCACGAUAAAGCUCAUUUCCUUGAGAUAACCAAAUAAUCACCUUGUGAAAACAAAAACAUUAAAAAAUAAAUCAACCAUGGCAGUUCUCGGCUUCUGUAGAUUUAGACAAUCAAUCUGUGACAUUUUUUUCUGUUUACUGUUUUUCUCCACCUUUUAUGUGAGCUAUGAAGUAAGCUUUUAAUUUUGUGGAAAUGUGCUGUUUUCAGUGUGCUUGUGGGAUGUAUUUAAGUUGAGACUCCACUGACGACUGAAAAAAGGUGCCGAUGCUUCGUAUUAAACUAUCAAGAAAUUA